GGUUACGUUUGGUGUUGAUUCAAUACUAGCUGUUUACAGUUCUGACCUGUAGUUUCAUGAGACUAGUUUUGUUGUAGAUCUACAGCGUAUAUAGAGCUGAUCUACGUGCACUUUGCAAUUUGAAAGACUCCUUCUUCACUGCUGUUGUAUUCCUCGAAAUCACGGUUUUCUAAGCUACAACUUACUCCGUGUGUGACAACCUCGAAGAAGUGUUUUAGCAGACCCUCUGUCAGCACCUGGUAUUUCGAAAUGAACGUAUCCAAGAGAACACCGCGGAAUAGUGACAGUGACCCUCCCCGCCUUCAGGAGCGUGGCGUUGAAGGUCUAAGAAAUUUAUUGUCGAAGAACGCGUUAGCCCAGUCACACGUACCGCUGAAUCCAAAUGCAGCGUCAUUUGUUCCUCGCGUACUGAGAGCACCGGACCUACCUACGAAACAAGCGUCAGAUGGUGAUGUUGGAGCAUCAACUGGGUCACAGCCAUCAAGUCUAACUUCUACCAUAUCCUUGAGACAACUCCAGUCUGCGGGGAAUGCUCGUUGUCGUCUCCCGCCAAAAGGACCCGGAAGAGGCCGAGCACAGCCUCCAAACAUGGCUGGUGCUGGGAAUGGUGGAGCAUCAACAGGGCCGCCUACUACCGCAUAUGGACGAAUGACGUUGACUCCCACCGACCAACCUGGAUCUAAGCAGAAGAUGAGGGAUAGUGAUAGUGAUUCGUUGCAGAGUGCCUCAUUUCCAUCGAGUGAGUCGCCGUCCCUUCAGGCCAGAAAGAAGCCUGAAUCCAAUCGGUUUGCAGGGCUUCGGAGUGCGCUACUCGGCCUUGUAACUGAAAUACACGCCAAGAACGAAACCUUGAAAGAGAGGCAACUCCAGUCUGCGGGGAAUGCUCGUUGUCGUCUCCCGCCAAAAGGACACGGAAGAGGCCGAGCACAGCCUCCAAACAUGGCUGGUGCUGGAAAUGGUGGAGCAUCAACAGGGCCGCCUACUACCGCAUAUGUACGAAUGACGUUGACUCCCACCGACCAACCUGGAUCUAAGCAGAAGAUGAGGGAUAGUGAUAGUGAUUCGUUGCAGAGUGCGUUGUUCCCAUCGAGUGAGUCGCCGUCCCUUCAGGCCAGAAAGAAGCCUGAAUCCAAUCGCUUUGCAGGGCUUCAAGGUGCGUUACUCGGCAUUGUCAAUGAGGUACACGCGAAGAACGAAACCCUGAAAAAGGGCCAGUCCGCACUGUUUUCUGGACAUGUGCAAGUGAUGAGUAAGCCGAACAGGACUCCCACCGAACAACCAGGGCACAACCAAAGCUGAAGUACAGAUGUGUCCGGCCAGCCUGAAUCAGUAUAAUACGCAAAGCAGUGAUGUUAUAAUCUCUCGCCGGCCGAGCGGAGCGAGUGAGGCGAGAAAUGAUUUCUCGCGCACCAAAAUUGUUUUUCUUGCGAAUAUGGAAUCUAAUGUGUUCUCUUUUUGUUGCUGUUCUUUUUGUCUGACUCCUUCAGUCAGUGUUUUGUGCCUCACCAGUGUCUACACCCUCCCACCCUUCAUGUCUGCCCAUCUUCUUCCAUUUCUUUAUUGGCUGUAGAUAUGUUGUGCCUGUUUUCACGCUGCCAUGUUGCCACUUGGGGUUAUACACCCGGUUUUUUCCCUCAUUCGUGCGUCUGUCGGCGCGAGGUUUUUUUCCCGGCUGGCUCGGUCCAGAGAAAUUAAUCUGACGGUCCCAAGUGGUGCUUGUCCUGGCUCUUUUAUGUAAGCUGAAUGUACUCAUUCUUUCCUCCUGGGGUCUGUCCCCCUGUUGCUGCUCCUAGUUUUCUUCUGCAUCACGGUUCACGUCUGGCUGCGGCCUACUACCAUCA